AUUCAACACACGCAAGUACAUACACUACUCACUUCUGGACGGCUGUCAGCGCACAGAACAUGGUGGCGGCUGCAGCCUCUGCGUUGCCCACCGCGCCUGGAUAGCGCACACAGCAUUUCAUGCAGGUCUCGACGCUGCUGCAGCGAACAGAUAAUGGUCAGAUAACGAGACAAUCUCACCUCACUGGACGCUGCACGGAAUGGAGCGAUGCAGGAGCCCAACGCAAUUAUAUUUGGCUUGGAUUUAAUUAUUUGGAGGUACAAAUAUAGUCUCUUGUGUACCCCAUGCAAUUCAAUUAAAGUGGCUGGAUCAAGGCAGCACUCACCCUUGACCUGUGGGACACUUGGUGUAGGGGGCGUGGAGCACAGAUGGAGACCUUUUAAUUAGCCCGAGGUCCUCCGGGCUUUCGUCGUCUGCCAUUUAGAAGAGGUCCGAGCUGCCGCAGUCGAAGUUUAGGCUACUUCAGAGAAAAGGAGGGACUGGACGAUACUUGAUGUAGUCUGCUCGAGGCUGCGUUUUCUCAGCAGUCCGGGUGACAGAAUAUAGCCCAUAGGUACCGCCAGGAACCGACAUGGUCAGAAUAUCUGGACAAUUUCCAUGAAUUGGCGAUAUUUGGUCUCACUGUUGAUAUAGUAAGCAAUGCCAAUCCAAGGCUGGAUGUUGCAUAACCAUGGAGGAGCGUGUUUAGACUUACAAUAAAACAGUUUUUCUUUUUUUCAAUAUUUUCCGCGCACCACGUCUCACACAUUUGUCUCCUGCAUAACCUCCGUGCACACGGUCUUCUGUGGGUUUGGAGACGCAGCGGUGGACUCCCUGAGUAGAAAUUCAGGAAAAAACGGGGCUCCGUGCACGGAAAUAGUCGCGAUUAGGCCCUACAGCAAGGAGCAUGUGGGUAUAAAUAAAAGCGCUGAGCAGUUUUUGCGCUCUCAUUGCUAUUAUAUGGAAUUAAAUUGAUCUGCGCCUUAAACUUAAAAGCUGGCCCUUUCUAUCAAGACGGCAAACGGCGGAUGUCGAGUCAGCAAACACUGCGGAUGAUUAGUUUUGGAUGAAGUUUUGUUCAUACCUGUAAACAAAACGUUGUGAAGUUCAGGAGGUAUUAGAGGACUAUAUUCCCAGUGGGAAUACAGAGUGGUAAAGCUUAGUGGAGAUCGGGAAUGGACAUGCACUAGUAAUGGCAGUACAUUGACUGCAGCUGGCUCUUUAUGAAAACAACACAUUGACUGGAUUUGAUAUUCCACAGUUGACAAUUUAUGGAGAACCCCUUUAAACAUUUGUCUUCACUUCUUUGGUGUUUCUUUUGUAGGUUUUUCCCCCGUGUGCACAUUAUUUUGUAAUUCUCUGAAUUAAACCCCCCCCCCUCCACAUACUUUUCCAAUGAGUGAACCAGUGUGUAGGCAGCUGAGUGGAUUUGGACAGGAACAGAGCAAGCAGCGAGUGAACCUUGCCGUCUCAAGUGCGUCAAAACAGACGGGAACGUAGAGGAAUGCGGGGAUUGACGUCAGGAGGAGCAAUAAUGAACUAUUCAAAAUCUUUGGAUGGUCUGUUGGUGUUUCUACAGCCACUACACUGCUAACGAAGUGGAAUUUCCUCUGAAAAGGUUUUUGUUUCUGCUCUCCUUUUUCACUUUUAAGAGAACAAUAAUUGCUCUGGUUGUUAACUGCAGCCCUAUACUUUGCCUUACUUCUUUAUCAAUUUUAUCUUUUCAAAAACUGUCCCUUCCGCAUAGUCUUUGUGUUUUCUGAUAGAUUAAAAAGCAACAUGGCAUCCCCCCAACAUCAACAACUGCUGCCUCAAAACACAGAAGUGAGCUGUGACCCAAGUGGAGAUGGAGGUGUCUCAGUGAGGAUUGGCAGUAGUGUCAAACACAAGCAUGGAGGCGGGCCGUUGGGUUCAAUUGGGGGAGGCUUCAUUGGGGGAUCCAAGCACUGCAAGUACAGCAUUUCUUCCAGCUGCAGCUCUGGAGAGUCUGGAGCUAGGAGGUUGGUGGUCAAGAGCUUUCGCACACAGAAAAAGAUGCCUCAGCUUUUUGAAAGAUCUGCUGGUCAUUUCUGGGACCCAAAGUUUGACUCUUCAAUCCUGGAGGAGGCCUGUAGAGAACGGUGUUUCCCUCAGACCCAACGGCGCUUCCGCUAUGUGCUCUUUUACCUGGUUGCCUCUGCCCUCCUCUGGGGAUUGUACUUUGCUGCCAAUCCUUCCCGCUGUGACAGGACUGCCUUUCUCCUUCCCACCGCAUCCUUCCUCCUUUUCUGCCUCCUUCUCUUUCUCUUAACUUUUACUAAGCUCUACUCUCGCUGCUACAACCAAGCAUCUCUGCUGCUUAUCCUUGUAACCUUCACCCUGACCUUGGCCCCCCAGAUCCAGACAUCAAGCUUUAGGGACCCGGAGACUCCCACAUCUGCACUGGAUGUAGAAGACUUCAGUGGCAUGGGACCCACGUUAAACCUGUCCCAUGACAAGCUUCUGGGAGGUAGCACCUGGUCCCCUUGUCUUUCUCCCGUAGGCACCUUCUCUCUCUGUAUCGAGGUUCUUCUGUUGCUAUACAGCGUUCUCCAUGUUCGCCUCUAUGCUUCUGUCCUACUCGGGUUUCUCUACUCUGUCUUUUUUGAGAGUUUGGGCUGGCUGCACCUGACGCAGGCAGGGGAUAUCUGGAGCUUAGCCUCUCAGUCAGAGUGGGAUACGUUGUGUUGGCUUGGCCCAGCCAAAGCUCUGCUCCACCUCUGUGCCCACGCCAUUGGCAUCCACCUAUUCAUCAUGUCUGAGGUGCGAUCACGCAGCACCUUCCUUAAAGUGGGACAAGCUAUCAUGCAUGGCAAAGAUCUAGAGGUGGAGAAAGCCUUGAAGGAGCGAAUGAUCCACUCUGUCAUGCCCAGAAUUGUGGCUGAUGACCUGAUGAAGCAGGGUGACGAGGAGAUAGGUGAUAAUUCUGUUAAACGAUACUCUACCAGCGGUGCAGCAGCUGUCAUCUCCAGCCCUAAAAACAAUAAAUCCAAGAAGACCUCCAUCCCUCGUGGCCAGAUCAUCUUCAGACCAUUCAACAUGAAACGGAUGGAGCCCGUCAGCAUCCUCUUUGCAGACAUUGUGGGUUUCACAAAAAUGUCUGCCAACAAAUCUGCUCAUGCCCUCGUUGGGCUUCUAAAUGACUUAUUUGGACGUUUUGAUCGACUGUGUGAGCUCACUGGCUGUGAAAAGAUCAGUACUCUAGGAGACUGUUACUACUGUGUAGCUGGUUGUCCUGAACCCAGAUCAGACCAUGCCUAUUGCUGCGUGGAGAUGGGCCUGGGCAUGAUUCAGGCUAUUGAACAGUUCUGCCAGGAGAAGAGAGAGAUGGUCAACAUGAGGGUGGGUGUCCAUACUGGCACUGUACUGUGUGGUAUCCUUGGCAUGAAACGCUUCAAGUUUGAUGUCUGGUCAAACGAUGUCAACCUGGCCAACCUGAUGGAGCAGCUUGGAGUGGCUGGGAAGGUCCACCUAUCACAGGCCACUGCCAACUUCCUGGAUGACCGCUACCAACAUGAAGAUGGACAAGUCAUUGAGAGAAUAGGACAGAGUGUGGUGGCUGACCAGCUUAAAGGCCUGAAGACCUACCUGAUCUCUGGCAGGAAGGUGGAGCCUCACUCUCUUUGUAGCUGCUCUCAGUUGGGGUUGGCAGGGCCUGAGCAUGCAGAUCCCCGGUGCCCCACUCCUAGGGUGCACACACCUGAUGGAGCUCCUUCAGCCUGCGCUCUGCCUCCAGACAAUGCUAAGUCUCCUUGUAUAUCCUGCAGCGUGGUCCGGAUACCAGGCGUUGAUCAGAUUCUGGAAGAAGGAGCGGUACACAAUGGCCGCCAUGAUGACCACAAGACCAACAGCAGCAAGGAAUCUUCAAAUCUGAAGUGUUCACCAGCAAUUUCUGCAGGGCGCAGCCCUAAGACUCUGAACGGCCUGCUCAGUCCUCAGCUGGAAGCCUUGAACAACAGCCAGACGUCCCUAUGUGAGAUGCUGCAGGAGAAGGAGAAGAAGACGUGGAGUGGAGGAACCAUGGGCAUGGACCACUCUGCGCUCAUUCCUUUACGAUCCAAGAACUUCAGGGAGAGGAGUGAUGCUCACUUUGUGGAUGUUAUUAAAGAGGACAGCCUUAUGAAGGACUAUUUCUACAGACCUCCCAUAAACAAGCUGAGCCUCACCUUCCUGGAAAGGAGCCUCGAGUCUGCUUACCGGAUAAGCUACCAGGAGGAGGUGGAAACCCAAGCAGCGGUGCAGACUUUUGCCAGUCCAACAUUCAGUUCUUUCCUGGACAUGUUGCUGUGCUGUUCAGUGUUUCUGGCUCUCUCACUGGCCUGCUUUCUUCGACCACUUGUCUCCCAGCAGAGUUUGUCCAUGCCAGCACUCAUUCUGACAGCUGUAGCCACCCUGUUGGAGGCUCUGGCUCUGUUGUUUGCUAUACGUAUGGCUUUCUACCUGGACAGUGUGCUGAAUUGCACUCGGCUGCUGAUGAGAGCGAUUUCAGGCUGGAUAGCGCGGCACUUUAUAGGAGCUGUCCUGGUUUCCCUGCCCACUGUGGCCGUCUUCUCCCAUGUCACCUGUGACAUGCAUCUCUCCAUGCAGUCCACCAUGUUCAUCUGCUGUGCUGGCAUCAUAGCUAUCAUUCAGUACUCUAACUUCUGCCAACUCAGCUACUGGAUGCGCUCAGUUCUAGCGACUUUGGUGGGACUAGCACUGCUUGCCUUGCUCUUCGGCUCCCCCUGCAGUGUGGCUAAAAGUCUGGUUUUUUGGUCGGAUGGCCAGGGCAAUAACAGCAACAGCAACGGCUCCAUGGUCAUGUCGGAAAGCCCAGCAGACCUACAGGACCUCCUGGGGCCUGAGGCCUGCGUGGCCUUUUUCCUAGUCCUUCUCCUGAUCUGGUUCCUUAACCGUGAAUUUGAGGUCAGUCACCGCCUGCAUUACCAUGGCAAUGUGGAGGCUGAUAAACACCGCAUCAAGAUCCAGAACAUGAGGGACCAGGCCGACUGGCUGCUUCGCAAUAUCAUCCCCAUCCAUGUGGCCGAGCAGCUGAAAGUCACCCAGAGCUACUCUAAGAACCACGACAAUGUGGGUGUAAUAUUUGCCAGUAUUGUUAAUUUCAGUGAGUUUUAUGAGGAAAGCUAUGAGGGAGGCAAGGAGUGCUACCGUGUCCUCAACGAGCUAAUUGGAGACUUUGAUGAGCUGUUACGAAAGCCUGCCUUCUCAAAUAUGGAAAAGAUCAAGACCAUUGGUGCCACGUACAUGGCAGCAGCAGGACUCAAUGCGCAGCAGUGUGCAGAUGCGGCACAUCCUCAUGCCCACCUCCGUGCUCUUUUUGAAUUUGCCCUUGAAAUGAUGUGUGUGGUGGACGACUUCAACAAGAACAUGCUGGGCUUUGGCUUCAAGCUUCGCAUUGGAUUCAAUCACGGGCCUCUAACAGCGGGGGUGAUUGGCACCACUAAACUUCUCUACGAUAUCUGGGGCGACACAGUCAACAUCGCCAGUCGCAUGGAUACUACAGGUGUGGAGUGUCGUGUCCAGGUCAGCGAGGAGAGCUACUGUGUGCUGAGUGCCAUGGAUUAUGAGUUUGAUUAUCGGGGCACAGUUAACGUCAAAGGCAAAGGUCAGAUGAAGACCUUCCUUUACCCGAAGAGCAGUGACAGUGGCCCUGUGCCUCAGUACCAACUCUCAGUCUCACCAGAGAUCCGGGUACAGGUGGAUGGUAGCAUCGGCCGCUCGCCCACUGAUGAAAUCGCCAGCAUGGUGCCCACAACCAGCAUAGCUGCAAGCAGUACCAAUACUACCAUACCCAGUGCCAGCACUGGUUCCUCUACUACCACAGGGCUUAGCUAUGGGAAAGAGGCGGACAGCCAUGAGAGACAUCCCUCUACAGAGACUUCUCAUGCCAGGCGAUCUCCGUCUCAUCUAGAAGGACCUCUUUCUUCUGCAAAAAACAAACAGCUCAUCAUCUCAUCCUCAGCCCAGCAAAAUACACUCCAAAAUUCCCAGAAAGACAAAUGUGAAGAUGAUUAUGACAGUAAUGUUGGAGAGUGAACCAGAUUUUAAGAAUUUUCUACAGUUGCUUUUUAUCAUAAAUCCUCUACCCUUUAAGCGCUUGUUCCUGCCGGUUGGCAUUUGUAAAAUUGCUGUAGAUUUGGUUCUACCCCAGGUAGAAUCAGAGAAAAAGACCCACUGCCCUCUUCUCUGCAUCAACCAGACAGCAAGUUGUUUUUAGUUUAAAUCUGAUUGGCUUAUAUUACCAGUGAAGGGUGCUGACUGAACAACAAAGUAAGGUUCAGGCAGGAGCACACAGAGGAAGUGGGAAGAUGUGAUGACUUUGAACCUUGUCUUGCCUGCUACAGAUCCCACUGUCUCCCAUUAACUUACUUGAUUAUCUGUACACCUUUAAUCUUAAUUAUUUCUUUUGUAUGUCUUUUAAGUGCCUUUAGAGUAGAUAUAAUGUAGUAUAAUGUGUAGACAAAGCCUUUUGGAGUAAGGGAAGAAUAACAUAAAGGGAAAACUGUCAAUAAGCAAACUUUUGGAAAAACUGCUUAGCUUUUGUUACAACUUUACAUUGUAUACUAUGCUUUGCUAUGAUAUUUUGCCUUUUAUCAAAGAAAACCUCAUGGAAAGUGCUUCAACAUGAGGAGAAUCACAAUGCGUGUGAAGGGAAAUAACACGGUACGAUAUGUAUUAGUAAAAUCUGCACACGAAUGCAACAGAGCCUGUUUCCGUGUUCUUUAUGAGAACCAGAAAAGUCUUCAUGAAAGGCACAGCAGAGACUAAUCAAUAUAGGCUAAGGGCUGACGGGGCUGAGCUGUGUGCAGUGUGAAUGUAUUUGUUUGCAUACCGUGUGUAAGUGUGUUGUGUCUGUGUAGUAACAAGAACAUGCAGGGUUUAAUGAUGAGAGGUGCCUAUAAGUUACUCGACAGACUUGGUGAAACUGCAAGAUGAUGACAAACAGUUUAGGAACGCAGUGGGAAAAAAAACCUCUUGGUUUCUGAUGUGGCAGCUUUUUCUCUGGCCUCUGUUUAGAUCUUAGUAUUGUCUCAGUACUGAGGCAUGAUGGUCUCAGCUACAUUUAUUCAGCAUGCUUGUAACAACAGCAUCGUAGACGAGGUUAACUGUUACUAGUGUUUGUGCCCUCCCACAGGAUCCAGGCUCUUAUGAAUGCCCAAGCUGUGUUUAGUAUAUUGUAUGUAUACUGAGUAUUUCAAUGGAUACUACUACUGCGGCAUUGCUGUACCUGUAGAUUGUGUUGACGGUAGGUUUUGCUAUGGAUUACACUGUGUGUUAGUUGAUAGUGUUUUUAAGACAUGGAUAAUCAAAGUGGAAUGUCACAAAUCUAAACUACGUGUGUUUUAUUGUAUUUAUUGUUACACAAAACUUGAACUGGUCACGUGAAGCUGCCCUCUCUAAUUUUUUAUGAUUUGAAAGGCAUUGCUCAAUGGAAACAGCUGGAUGCAUUAGUUGCUUCAUAGCAUGCUUUCAAUGGCAUGAAACGUAAUGUAAUAUCACUGUAAACGCAAAGGAAGUGUAACAAAUGUAUUUCGAAAUAUAUGUUGGUUUAACUAUUUCUUUUUGACUUCAUUGAUUUCCUGCUAUUAUGUCAGAUUGCUUAGGAAAACAAACAGAUUAAACUGUGUGUCUCUGUUGCUGUUACAUUUUCUCUUCUGUCACAGUUUCUUGAAAAGGAUUGUGUGCUCAGAGGCAAAAAAGUUCCACUUCAGUGUCUUAUUUAUGAUGUUUCAAUACUUGCAACACCUUAACCUUAUAUUUUUAAAUCACCAUUUUAAAAUUUGUACUUUUUGGGUAAUUAAGCAAACAAAAACAAUAUUGCAGAAAACCUAGAACCAAUUUGCCUUCUUUUAUCAUCAAAUAAUUUAUUCCAACUGCAACAUUUCACAUUACCCUAGUAGUUCAUAAUUAGUUUCUUUUUUCUAUGUUUGAAGAUUGGGUAGCUUGCCUUUUAACUUGGUUUUCCUAUAUCUUUGUUUUUAUUGUGUGCUCUGAGUUGCUUUAAUUUCUUAGGACAUUGGGUAUUUCUCAAAAGCAUAUAUGCAUAUGCAGUAGAAUGUUCACUAUUUGAUGCUUAAAUCAAAUUUCAUUUUGAUAAGUUUUCUUCCGAGGUUUAUAACAUCCUGAAAUGUGAGCAGUGCCUAUUCUUAAUAUAUACAAGUAAAUGUAAACAUACCAAACAUAUUCAACAUUAACAAUGAAUUCCUUUUUGUUUGGCUUUCCAUUGGGAUCUGUAUCUGUUGAUCGGAUGGAGUUGGGUUGAUCUAAUGCAAUAAUUAUUAGCUUGAAAGGGAAAAAAUAUACCUUUACGCUCAUGAGCACACAACCCUUGUACCAGCCCAAAAUUUGUUUGUUAUACUACAAUAAAGGGAUACUUAAAAUGAUUAUUGUUAUUAUCCAUGAUUGAGUGCUUAAGAUAGAUCAUGAGAGUGUCAGGUAAAGUGUUUCUUCUUUGGUAAUUUUGAUAUGCUCUUUCGAAUUAUGUGUAUUUCAUUAAUUGAACAUUUGUUUCUGGUUAGUAUUGUAUUGAACAAUAAGAUUGGGGCGUCAACUUUGAGUUUUUCACUUGUUUCUUUUCUAUUUUUCCCCUCUUUGUUUCAUUACAAACAUGUUGAUAUGGUUUGAUUUAUCACGAUGUAAGGGACAUUCUGACUCAGCAGGAUGGCGCACUGAGAAUUUCGAUGCCAAAGAGUGUUGUUGCCAUCUCUUGGAGUUUCUUUGUAUAUCGUAUAUUCUCCCUCAAUUGGAGGUUGUGCUCUGCACGUUUAAGACAGUUCAUUUAUAUUUUCACUAGUGUUAAAACUCAUAUGCACAACACGCUCACUUUUUAUGUACAGUAUGCCUUUAUAUUGUAUAGUAUAUGGGCAUUUUCUAUUAUUUCUAUAAGCGCAUGUACUAGAGUGUUAAAUAGUCUAAAGAACUGGGUCAUUUUAACAAUGUUGGAAUAAUACUUCUGUGUUCUUUUUUCCUGCAUGUGUGUAAAAAAAAAAAGGAAAAAAAAAAAAAAAAAAAAAAAGAGCGUUCGUAAAACUGAGUGGUUUUGUGUGUUUUGGUAGGGAUGCUCUAAUCUUAUCAUCUCAAAACGAAUGACAUGCUAGGACAGUAUAAUACAGAUACAGACAUCCUUUUUUUCUUUUAUUUUUUUUAUUUUUUAUUUAUUUAAACUGGCCAAAUAAAAUGGUCAAAACACUACUAGAUGUCUGCAGGUAGGCAGUAUGUCAGUAGCAGCUACUGCGAAGUUUUAAUGAAUUGUUGCUUUCUUUGGACAUGUUUUUAUAGCAUGCUGAUAGGUAUGCAAGUGAAGGUAAAAAUUGAAUAAAGUCUGUUUCUGGGAAA